UGUCAAUAGCCUACCUAACCUAACCCCAGAAUAUCUCUCUAUAUCUCUCUUUGAUGUCAAACAUCGCUACGUCUUCUUACAGAACUAGAGAGCAUAAACUAUAAUCUUCUCUUCUGUGUACUGUGUACAUCUCUCUCGCUCUCACUCUGCGAUAAUGUCGACGACUCAGCGGAGCCGGGUGGUGGUGCACUCAAAGCUAACGGCAGUUUCGAGCAGGCCAGUGAAGGCCGGCACGACCCACAAUCUUACAGCGUUGGACCAUGCAAUGGGCCUCCACACCCUCCACGUAGUCUUCUACUACAAGCACAAGUUGUUAGGCUGUUUUGACUUGGACCCUUUGCGGCUCUCUCUCUCCGAGGCCCUCUCGCUGCACCCUCCGGUUAUGGGUCGGAUGGCUCAGAAACCCGACGGCAAUUGGGAGGUUAAGUGUAAUGAUGCGGGUGUUCGGGUCUACAUGGCCCGGGUGGCGACCACACUUGAUCAGUGGCUCAGAUCUGCUGAUGGCUCCGAAGAGAGGCUUUUGACCGUCUGGGAUGAUAUGCCUGAUGAUCCCAGUAUUUGGUCACCCUAUAGGAUCCAGAUAAAUGAAUUUGAAGGAGGAGGUGCAGCCAUUGGUGUAAGUUGCACUCACAUGCAUGCAGACCCAACUUGUGUCACCCUACUCGUCAAGGCGUGGGCCGAGACUCACCGCAAGCAAGCAAUUGCUCACCCGCUUCUUGUCGGGGAGUCAUCAGCCCUCGGAGGCAGACCCGUUGAUCAAGACAUAAUAAAAACAAAAUCAGCAGCGGCCUAUUAUGAAGCCAAGUCUGUGGCAGCAAAGACCCCUUUACCAGAAAAGAAAAUGAGCACAGCCACUUUCAAAUUCUCCAGUGCAAUGAUCGAGCAAGGCCUCUUACAAAUCCACAAAACUUGCCCUGAAGCCAACCCUUUUGAUUUGCUGGCUGCACUGUUUUGGACAAGCAUUGCGCGCUUAAAGCCCCCAAAGAGUGCCACCAAGCACUCCCUCUCAAUCUGUACCGACUCUAGAAAGAAGCUGUGUUCUGGGUGGCACUAUGGCAAUGCCUUGCAUUUUUCAAUGCUUUCAGUGCCGGAUGUGGAGGAAGUGGAAAACGCCAAUGGGUUGGAGCACGUGGCAGAAGCGGUGCACCGCCACGUGUGGAGUCAGAAUGAGGAGGAGUUUUGGUCUGGAGUGGACUGGUUUGGAUCACAAAAGGGAGAGGAAGGUAAGUUUGGGGCAGCAUUUAGGAUGUAUGGCCCUGAAUUGACAUGUGUUAGCAUGGAGCACAUGAAUGACAAGGAGCCAUUGAUGUAUGCAGCCAUGUUUGACAAGGACAAGAAGCCAGCUCAUGUAUCUUACCGUGUGGGAAAUGUGGAGGGUGAAGGGUUCAUAAUGGUGAUGCCAGCUUCAGGAGGAGGGCUUGGAAGGAUGGUUAUGGUGACAUUGCCAGAGGAGGAGCUGGGCCAGCUCUGUGUGGCACAACCUAUUUUGAGCCUAAAACCAACAAUGCUGCUAAGUGGGAAACAAGCUUGAAUUUGUUGCUUUGAGUUUAUUCAUUUUAACUUCAAGACUUGGAAAAGCUUAAACCAAUUGCAAAUCAAGUUACAUUUCAUUU